AGCGGCUAUACGGCUUUCCAUCAGAUCCCAAGAACAUUAGGAUACCCAAUGCUGGAAUCACCACUUCCGUCCGAAGCGUCUUUCAUCAUGGUACCCGGCGUGGAGUCGUCUCAGUUUAUGAGUCCUGGCGAACAGGACGCGAGGAAAGGUUCUGCUUCCAGCUCUCCUGAAGAGUCUCACCAGAAUAUCAAGUUUGGGCCACACCCAUCCAUCAACAAGGAUUACACUGUCGGGUCGUCACCUUCAUACGCGCAUGACUGGUCGUCCGCAGGCAUUGGUGGAAAGAUACGAACACACGGACGACACUUUGUGGACGCGUAUGGACGCGUCUGUAGCUUGCGCGGAGUAAACCUCUCUGGGUCUUCGAAGACUCCAGCGAACGGUGACCACUCGACAUUCCCCGCUGGUCAUGAGAGCGUCACGUUUGUCGGACGUCCGUUCCCUCUGGAAGAAGCGCCCGAGCAUCUCGCAAGAUUAAGGAGAUGGGGUCUGACGCUCGUUCGCUUCCUCGUAACAUGGGAAGCAGUCGAACACGAUGGCCCCGGCAUCUACGACACCUCCUACGUCACCUACCUCCGUUCAAUCCUCUCCCUCCUUCCCUCCUACGGCCUGACCGCCUUCGUCUCGAUGCACCAAGAUGUUUGGUCUCGCUACUCUGGAGGUUCUGGUGCACCAGCAUGGACACUCGAAAUGGUCGGAUUUGACCUACAUGCAUUGGAGGAGAGUGGGGCGGCGUGGUUGUUAGGUGUGAAGGGUGGUGGUCAUGUUGAGGCUGAAAGGGGAAUAUGGCCGUGCGGGUACCAGAAAUUGGCAGCGGCGACUAUGGCGACAUGCUUCUGGGCUGGCGACGUCUUUGCGCCCAAGCUCAAAAUCAAGACUCGCGAUGGAUCGGAGGUGCCAGUCCAACAGUUCCUGCAAAACGCGUUCUUGGGCGCAUGGGAGGUCGUCGCACGUACCGUCGGUGACCUGGAAGGCGUCAUUGGGUUUGAGUUGAUGAACGAGCCGCAUAGAGGAUAUAUUGACCUCCCUUCGUUGCAUGGAUUUGACUACAACACCGACUUACACCUUUCUCACGUUCCCUCCGCCUUGCAAUCCUUCCUCCUCGGCUCCGGCUACCCAACCACUGUCCCACACUACACCCGCUCCUUUCCCCUCCCCACCCGUCUCACUUCUCAGUCCGUCCUCAAUUCAUCCUCCCGAAAAGCCUGGCGUCCGGACGGACCCACGUCCGGCAAGGACAUCUGGGAGAUGCAUGGCGUGUGGGGGUACGAUACGAAUAAGAAGGAAGGGGUCGUGUUGAGGGAGAAUUAUUUCGUCAAGAAUCCGGAGACGGGGAAGAAGGUGGAGUGGUAUGAAGAUUUUUAUUAUCCAUUUUUGCAGAGGUGGACACAACGGGUGAGAGGUGUGGGGAGAGGGUGUGAGGAGAAGAUGGUGUUCUUGGAGCCGAUACCUAAUGAGUUUUGCCCGGCUUCGUGGACGCCGGAACAUCAGCCUGAGAAUAUGGUCUAUGCGCCUCAUUGGUAUUGCCUCAAUACUCUCUUCAACAAAGCCUACGGAGACUUCUCCGUCAACGUUCAAGGCCUCUCACGCGGUAUGUUCCCCCUGAAAGCGUUCUACUGGGGCCACCGUGGCGCGCGUGAGAACUUCAAGCUUCAGAUCCGGAAUAUCGUGGAGAAGGGAUACGAGGCAUUGGGCGAGAAGCCGGUCGUGAUUGGAGAGUGUGGGAUUCCGAUGGACAUGAACAAGGGAGAGGCGUUCAGGACGGACGACUGGAAGUGGCAGAAUCGGAUGAUGGACGCUAUGAUCACGGGCUUAGAACAAGCUCUCGUCGGGUUCACACUUUGGAACUACAACCCCUUCAACGACGAUGCGGCGGGCGAUGACUGGAACGGCGAAAACUUCUCCUGGUUCAGCCGUUCACGUGCUUUGCCCGUCUCCGAGUCCGAUCCUUCAUCGCUCAAACAGACUUCCAAGGCCUUAGACGCAGGGGGCCGGAUCCUCCAGUCCAUCGUGAGGCCGUAUCCGGCGAAGACGGCAGGUAUACCGCUGAAGUUCGAGUAUGAGAUGACGACGGGGAAGUUUGUAUACGAGUGGGCUAUACCCGGCUCUCCAGCCAAGGAAGAGAACUCCUCACUCCCGCUGGUCAACCGUCCUCCUCUCGCGCCUACUUCGAAUCCAAUCCUCACAUCCCGCGAAACUCUUAUCUUCGUACCAUCCUCCUUAACUGCCGGCCGCCAACUUGUCGUCACUGGCCUCAGCUCCAGCGAUACUUAUCGUUACGAUAUCGAGAGACAGACGUUGUUUGUGUUGGUGGGGGAGAACGUGCCGGGAAUGAGACAUAAGAUCGAGGUGCAGGUGCAAGGAGAGGGUGAGCAGAAGUUAGAAGUGUUUAAGAUCAACGGAUUUUGGGAGGACUGGAGCUGGGCGAUUGUGUCACUGUUGGUGGUGUUGGUGGGGAUUUUGGUCAUGCUGUUGAGGGGGUAGGGACGGGCGGACGGAAGGAUGACGAUACCAUUGGUUGCGAGUGAGGAUAAAUUCGGGUAGCGGAUCUAGGCUGCGAGGUCGCGGAGAUUGCGGGAUGGGGACGUGUGACGAUAUACGAACAUAGACAUACGAUUGUUGAGAUGUAAUGGGUGGAUGGAUGGAGAACGUGAUAGAUGGGUAGCUGAGCGCGAGCGGGUAGAGGAAAACGCUCUUGGAUAUUGCCCUUUUUGCUUUGGUACAAGAUAGAUACCAUAUACUUGCCGGUAGACAAGGUCAUUGUUUACGCACUCUC